AUGGCCCCAAAUGAAACCAAUCAGUACAUGGGAAUUGUCUGGUUACUUCAGCAUUUUCAUUGGACAUGGGUUGGGCUCUUUGCUAUGGAUGAUGACAAUGGAGAACACUUCCUCCAAACCAUGGAGCACUUGCUUUCCCAAAAUAAGAUCUGUUCCGCCUUCAAAGCAAGAAUCCCACAAGAUUCUCAUUGGGAUAAACUGGAUGACAUUUUCCUUACAUUCUCAAAUUUUUAUAAACAUUUUGGCGAUAAGAAAGCCAAGGCAUUCAUCAUCAGUGGAGAAGCUCUGACGACAGCAUGGCUUAGAACAUCUUUGUGGCUGGGAGACAAUGAAGUCAUAACUACUGGGAAAGUGUGGAUUAUGACAUCUCAGGUUAAUUUUGUCUCAGCAAGUGUUCACAGGGGCUUGGAUUUCCAGAUGUUCCAUGGGGCCAUUUCCUUUACAAUUCAUGCAAAAGAUGUUAAAGGGUUUAAGGAAUUCCUUCACACUGUAAAACCUCAUUGGACUCAGGGUGACGGUUUCAUCCAUGAUUUCUGGGAGCAAGCAUUUGACUGUGAAUUUCCAAAUUCAGGGCAGUCAGUGAGUUCUGAUGGGAUGUGUACUGGUGAGGAGAAGUUGGACAGUCUUCCUGGGCCUCUUUUUGAAUUGCUCAUGACUGGUCACAGCUACCUUAUCUAUAAUGCAGUCUAUGCUGUGGCUCAUGCUUUGCAUGUCAGGGGCACAACUAGACUCAAGCACAGAACAAUGGUGAAGCACAGAGUGGUUGAUCACCAAGAUGUUCUGUCUUGGCAGCUUCAUAAAUUUCUUCAAGUCAUUUCAUUUAAUAACUCAGCUGGAGAAACAGUGUCCUUGAACAAUGAAUUGGAAAUGGGAAGUGGAUUUGAUAUAUAUAACAUCGUCACGUUUCCAAAUACAUCUUUCCAGAGACUGAAAGUUGGAAGAGUGGAUCUCAGUGCACCUGAGGGAAAGGAAUUCACCAUAAAUGAUGAUAUAAUUGUUUGGCACCAUGGUUUCAAUCAGGUUUUGCCCCUUUCAUUGUGUAACAAUGGUUGUCAGCCUGGUACUCAGCAGAAAAGCAAGGAAGGGGAAGCAUUUUGCUGCUAUGAUUGUGUUCUGUGCCCAGAAGGGAAGAUUGCAAAUGGGACUGACAUGAAAGACUGUUCCAGAUGCCAAGAGGAUCACUAUCCAAACAAGCACAAAGAUGGUUGCAUCCCCAAAACCAUAAGCUUUCUGUCUUAUAACGAACCAUUAGGGAUGAGUUUAGCUUCAAUUGCUGCUUUAUUUUCCCUAAUCACCGUCUUGGUGUUAUGGAUUUUUAUUAAGCACAAAGAUACUCCCAUUGUCAAAGCCAAUAACAGAGACCUCACCUACAUUCUGCUAGUCUCCCUCCUCCUCUGCUUCCUUUCCUCUUACUUUUUCCUUGGCCAACCUGGGAAACUGACUUGCCUUCUUCGACAAUCGGCUUUUGCUGUCAUCUUCUCAGUAGCCGUUUCUUGCGUGUUGGCCAAAACCAUAACUGUGGUGAUUGCUUUCAUGGUCACCAAGCCAGGGUCAAAAAUACGGAAAUGGGUAAGGAAAAGAAUGACCAAUUCCAUUGUGCUUUGCUGCCCUCUUAUUCAAGCAGGAAUCUGUGUUGUCUGGCUAGGAACCUCUCCUCCAUUCCCUGAUUUGGACUUCAACUCAGCAACUGAAGAAAUCAUUGUGCAAUGUAAUGAAGGCUCCAUCAUCCUCUUUUACUGUGUCCUGAGCUAUAUGGGUCUCCUGGCUGUCUCCAGUUUCAUUGUGGCAUUUUUAGCCCGCAGAUUACCUGACAGUUUUAAUGAGGCCAAAUUCAUUUCCUUCAGCAUGCUGGCUUUUUGCAGUGUGUGGAUCUCCUUUGUCCCUACUUACUGGAGUUCAAGAGGAAAAGGCAUGGUGGCAGUGGAAAUCUUCUCCAUCUUGUCCUCCAGUACUGGGUUACUGGGUUGUAUCUUUGCCCCUAAAUGCUACAUCAUUAUUCUGAGGCCUGAGCUAAACAAGAAGGAACAUCUGAUAAGGAGGAAGAAUUAA